AUGGGUCUUUGUACCCUAGCACUGGAGAAAGCGCCAGUGUCAAAGGCUGAGCUUGGGCCAGAAGAUGGCAGUGGCGGAGCUGAUGCUGUGGAAGAAGCUGCUGGGCUGAGUAAAGGGAAAAAAUACAGCACUCAGGGCGAGCACCAGAUUCCAGUUCUUCAAACAAACAAUGGUCCCAGUCUUACAGGAUUGACUGCUGUAGCAGCUCAUCUAGUCAAGCAAGCCAACGAAGAGUAUUUGCUUGGGAGUACUGGAGAAGAAAAAGCAAUGGUGCAACAAACAAUGGUUAGACUACAGGUAACUCAAGUAGACGGACACUCCAGUAAACAUGAUAUCCCCACUCUGUUAAAGGAUCUUAAUUCAUACCUUGCAGAUAAAGUCCACCUUACAUGUUAUUACUUUACCUUAGCAGAUAUCCUACCGUACCAUGGACAUCAUCGCUUUAUAGUUGACCAGACAGUUCAAGAAAAGGGGAAGUAUCUUAAUGUAUCUUGCUGGUUUUGUCACAUUCAGCAUUAUCCAGGCAUCAGGCAACAUCUGUCUAGUGUUGUCUUCAUCAAGAACAGACUAUAUACCAAUUCCCAUUAG